AUUUUUAAGUUCACAGUUCAUUUAUUGUCCUCAAUUAUAUAGUUACUUCAUUGAAAAAACUGUGCUAAAUUUUUUCUUGAGCAAACGAAGGAUAAACGAGGCACAAUCCAUUUGCCAGGCCGAAACAAUAGUAAGAAUCAGGUUGAAUAAGUAAAAUUAGCGUCAUAAACACCUUCUUCAACGAGGCUGUCGAUCAAAUGGCUUUAUAAUUCAAAAGGCUUUGCUCUCAAGUCAACAAAUAAAAAGCAGGAUGGGCAAUAUUUAACCAAUAUAAGAGGAACCAAAUUAUUCAUCAAUACUUAAAUGCCAUGACAAUACUGAUUAAAAUUCGGAAGUUGUAUUCGUCUGAAUAAAAAUUUCCCACGAGCUACAUUUAUCUAUACCACAAACAACUCGUAAAUCUUACUUCCCGGCCGCGUUUAAUUGCUCUGUAUUUUGGCGGAAAUUAAAACAAAAGGCAAACUUAGGUUUUUGUUUCAUUACUUGCUUAACUGCCUGAAGAAAAUAACGUGAAAUACUGACGAUACGACGCAUGCAAUAUAUUCCGCUAGGUGGCGCAAAAACAGUUUUGCAAGAUGGUGUCGGUGUGACGAUUAUAAACGAACUGUGACUGUCUGCAGAGUUCUCUUGAGGGAAGAAAGCGUCUCCAGCGAGUGGUGUAUUGAAUUAAGGUUUCUUUUGCAUCGCGCAUGUGGCCUGAUCGGCUUUCUCUAAAAUGAUCAAUUGGAAAACUUGGAUGGUUUGGUGGUCUCUUUUAUUUAGUGUAACAACCGCUGAAUUUUUCACAUCUCUGAGUCGGAUAAAAGGCUUAGUUCGCUUGGAAAGCGCUCUGUCGAACUCUCUCGACAAUUAUUUGGAACAGAUGUCAGAACCCCCGGAGGUUCUCCGACAAUUCGCCGAUCGUGUCAGGAAAGAAAUGAAAAUCGCGGCAGGCGAUAUCGAAAAAUAUGCCUUCCACCCGAUCAAUUCAUUUCUGCUUGUGAGACGAUUUGUACGACAUUGGACGGAACUGGCGACCUUCCUCUCCGAAGGAUCACCGAACGAUCUCUAUUCCGAGCUCAUGAUCAACCGUCGAGCAUUUCCCACCUCGAAAGACUUCAUUGGAAGCCUCAACGCCAUUCUACGCAUCCAAGAGGUUUACAAUCUCAGCGCACGCGCACUCGCUGAUGGAGAUCUGCAUCAAACAAUACCAAGCAGGGGUCUGGGCGCUGACGAGUGUUAUGAGUUAGGCAUUGGUAGCAAUGAUCAAGAAAAUUACGAGGGGGUAACAGGCUGGAUGAAAGAAGCUCUUAAACGCAUGAGCCCACCUUAUGAAUACAGCGGUGCACUCACAAAAAUUGACGUGUUGGAAUAUUUAGCCUGGGCCGAGUAUAAGGUGGGACUUCUUGAAGAUGCAAUCCUACACACAAAGGAUAUUCUUGACGAAGAUCCCACAAGUAAACAAGCUCAUAUCAAUCUUGGACACUUCCAGGCCGAGGUGAUGCAACGCAAUACGAACGCAAGUCAUUCGACAAGAAACAAGCUAGACAACAAGAAAAAUAAAAAAGAUUUCGAGUUAAAAUAUGAACGCUUGUGCCGCGGAGAAACACGAAAGUCUCAGAGACAGAGAGACAAACUGAGUUGUUACUACAAUAGAAAUCGUCCAACACAAGUGCUGAGACCAGUUAAAGUAGAAACUUUAAAUUCGGAUCCAGACCUCUAUCUGUUUCAUGACGUCAUCUCAGAGAGCGAAAUCGAGCUUAUAAAGAAACUUGCCAAGCCUCAGCUCAAGAGAGCUUUUGUCACAAACACAGAUACUGGAAAAGAGUUUAAAGCAGACUAUAGGAUAAGUCAAAGCGCCUGGCUGGACGACAAUGAUUCUUUUGUAGUAAAGAAAAUUAGCCAGAGGAUUCAAACUACCACGGGUCUUUCUCUAGAUUCUGAACACUCAGAAGCAUUACAGGUGGCGAACUACGGUAUGGGAGGACAUUAUGAACCACAUCACGAUUUCCUGCAGAAUCUAGACGGAAGCCUUCCUGUUGACGAUAUUGACGGUGACAGGAUAGCUACAGUACUGUUUUAUAUGAGUGACGUGGAGGCAGGCGGUGCGACGGUGUUCUUAGAUGCUGAAGUAAUUGUAUAUCCUCGAAAGGGUGACGCAGUAUUUUGGUUUAAUCUUAAAAAAGAUGGUAGCCCUGACGUCAAAACGUUGCACGCUGCCUGCCCUGUGGUCAUUGGCUCAAAAUGGGUUGCUAACAAAUGGAUCAAUGAAAGAGGCCAGGAGUUUCGCCGACCAUGCACACGAACCUGAAAAUUCUACAAUUUUCUUUUGUUAUGCUUUCUUCUUUUUAACACAAUAAACAAUGUUUCCAAAGGU